GCCACCCCUCCUCCUUCUUGCCUCCUGGUCUCCUCCAUUGCACAUACACAAUAGCUUGAGCUAAACCUAUACCAGCUGUUCUGUAUCUGGGCAAACAGCUUGGGAAAUAGCAAUCUCAAGAACACUGUUAUCAUAAGGAAGCAUCAACUACCCAAAUCUGAGGGGUGAUGGAAUACAAAUUGUCCUGUGUGAUAUGAGACACUGGCUGGAACGUGCAUUGUCUUGAAUGUGCGAAAAUCAGUGACAUCUACAUUUUUUGGAUUUUCAAAUACUCUGCAGGGAAGAUAAACACACUGGUCCAACAAGAAAUAAAUGGAUGGCAGUUCUAUUAUUCAAUGCCACUGCUACAGGAUUUUAAGUGAAGCAUAAUGGUACAUUGUGGCCCUAUGUGGGACAGUGUAUAGAUGUGGAACAGGAAUAAUUACACUGAUAACUAAAUCUGAGAGUGCAGUGCACAUCAUACUAUUGUAGUGCAGAGUUUCUAUAGAAGAGCACCUGUUUGAUACUUACUGACCAAGCCAUAUACAGAUGGGGACCACCGAAGCCACACUACGCAUGGAAAAUGUGGAUGUAGAAGUGAAAGAGGAAUGGCAAGAUGAAGACUUCCCCAGGCCCCUUCCUGAAGAUACAGGAAUGGAUAGUCUUAGCAGUCCCCUUGAAGAUGACUUUACUUCCUCUCCUCCUAACACAUUAAAUAUCAGCUCAUCCCAUAGCAAAAGGAAGACCCUGGUAGCCCCAGAAAUCAACAUAUCUCUUGACCAGAGUGAGGGUUCUGUGCUAUCUGAUGACUUCCUGGAUACUCCUGAUGAUCUGGACAUUAAUGUAGAUGAUAUUGAGACGCCAGAUGAAACAGAUUCUUUGGAAUUUGUGGCCAAUGGAAAUGAGCUUGAAUGGGAAGAUGAUACACCGGUUGCAAGUGCAAAGAACAUGCCUGGUAAUAGCGCUGAUCUUUUUGGUGAUGGGGCUGGUGAAGAAGGUGGCACCACUAAUGGACGCAUGUGGCGAACUGUGAUAAUUGGGGAGCAAGAACAUCGAAUUGACCUGCAAAUGAUAAAACCAUAUAUGAAAGUAGUGACACAUGGAGGUUAUUAUGGUGAAGGUCUCAAUGCUAUUAUAGUGUUUGCAGCCUGUUGUCUACCAGAUAGCAACUGUCCUGAUUACCAUUACAUCAUGGAAAAUCUCUUUCUUUAUGUCAUAAGCAGUUUGGAGCUGCUGGUAGCUGAGGAUUAUAUGAUUGUCUACCUAAAUGGGGCAACACCACGAAGACGGAUGCCUGGGAUAGGAUGGCUAAAGAGAUGCUAUCAGAUGAUCGACAGGAGAUUAAGGAAAAACCUCAAAUCUUUGAUUAUCGUCCAUCCUUCUUGGUUUAUCCGAACAGUGCUGGCUAUCUCCAGACCUUUUAUUAGUGUGAAAUUUAUAAAUAAGGUCCAAUAUAUUCACAGUUUAGAGGACCUAGAACAAACCAUUCCCAUGGAGAACAUACAUAUCCCUGAUUGUGUUUUGGAAUAUGAUGAAGAAAGAAUGAAAGCCAAAAGAGAGACGUCAGAGGAGAAGCAAGAGACUGCUGUACCAGACAGCAUGCAGCCAACUGAAACCGUGUCUUGUAAGUAAAUCCAUGAACUGAAUGGAGUUCCAUCAAUAAUACCUUCCUUGACAUCUUUUGCUGGAUGAAAACAUAUGGCUUCCAGAGGACAAAUUGCUUUUAUAAACAUUGGUCAGCUCUAGGCGUUAUAUUGUCCAAAAAAGACUUGAGCAUCAAAAACAUUUGUUUCUCAUAAGACUGUAUCUUGUUCUUUGUCCUUUAAUCCAGAUCUAAACAGUAGAGACAUGAGAUCAUGUGUAAAGGAACACUCUUUGUAUAGGUUCUCCUUCUAUCUCCAUUUCGAAGCAAGUUGUGGAGACACCACUUUUUUCACACGUCCUAAAAUUGCAUAAAAGCAUUUCUGUUUUAUUGUAUUAAAGCAAAAAACAGUGCUACAUGAGUAUCCUUGGAUGGGACCUAGUUACAAAAUGUUAACUUCCGAUUUCCUGGAGAUACUGUAUAUUUGAAUUAAAGACUGUUCAAAAUGUUCUAUUUACUGUAAUGCAGCUUUGUGUUCAUCAAUCUACAUAUUGCACCCUACAAACUCUCAUUGCUUUCUAAAUUUGUGUGGUUAAUUUCUUGAUUUACAUUUAAAAAACAGGUUUCGAUGUUGUUAGCAGUACAUGUUUAUUAUAGAAAAAUAAAGUACAGUUAAGUGAUAUGGAAGGAUAUGGACAUUUUACACAAGUUUUACAAAUGGCUCAGUUAUGAUGAGUGCCAUAGCAAGGGGAAAAAAAGCUUUGACUAGUUUCUGAAAUAUUAUUUUUGAAAAUGUGUAGUGCAGUGAAAUGCAAAGUGUGACAAAGAUUCAGCUAUGCAGAGCCUAUCGAUUAAACCCUACUAUCUAUAUAUAUAUAUGGGCUGUGGUGAGAUAAUAUUUUCUUUUGAUGUUAAUCAAGGUUUAGGAUAAAAGUUUUUAUUUAAAUGAAUUGAACAUUUUCUGCAAUUCAUGUUGUAAUAUAUGCUGUGUCAAUAUUUUUCCCAGACAUUGGAAAUAAAACAAUGAAAGUUC